CUGGCGCAUGCGCGUAGUGAGAGGCUAAAGCGCUGGUCCUAGGAAUUGGCAGCUCCCGGGCAAGGUGUUUGUGGUAGCCGUGCUGCACGGGGAGUGUCCCGGGAUCGUCGCAAGGAUGCCGAUCAACAAAGCAGAUAAACCAGAGUCUAGCGACAACGUGAAGGUUGUGGUGCGAUGUCGCCCUCUAAACGAGCGAGAAAAGGUGAUGGGUAGCAAGAUGGCCGUCAGGGUGGAUGAAAUCCGAGGGACUAUUGCAGUCCACAAGGUGGACUCUAUGAACGAGCCCCCAAAGACGUUCACGUUUGACACAGUGUUUGGGACGGACAGUAAUCAGCUGGAUGUCUACAAUCUAACGGCCCGGCCUAUAGUAGAUUCUGUGCUGGAGGGCUACAAUGGUACUAUAUUUGCCUAUGGGCAGACUGGUACAGGCAAAACCUUUACAAUGGAGGGUGUGCGAGCUGUUCCCGAGCUUAGAGGGAUCAUUCCUAAUUCAUUUGCACACAUAUUUGGACAUAUUGCAAAAGCGGAAGGCGAUACACGGUUUCUCGUAAGAGUGUCUUACUUGGAAAUUUAUAAUGAGGAAGUACGUGAUUUACUCGGGAAGGACCAAACACAAAGGCUGGAGGUUAAAGAGCGACCCGAUGUUGGAGUUUACAUUAAGGACCUGUCGGGGUAUGUUGUGAACAAUGCUGAUGACAUGGAUCGGAUCAUGACUCUGGGACACAAAAACCGUUCAGUGGGAGCCACAAACAUGAAUGAGCAUAGCUCCCGCUCACACGCCAUAUUCACCAUCACUAUAGAGUGCAGUGAGAAAGGUGCAGACGGCAAUAUCCAUGUGCGAAUGGGAAAGUUGCAUCUUGUAGACCUGGCGGGUUCAGAAAGGCAAGGGAAGACUGGAGCAACUGGGCAGAGACUGAAAGAAGCCACAAAAAUCAACCUGUCCCUUUCCACUCUGGGUAAUGUUAUCUCUGCCUUGGUUGAUGGGAAAAGCACUCACGUGCCAUACAGGAACUCCAAGCUGACCAGAUUGCUGCAGGAUUCCUUGGGUGGAAAUUCCAAGACCAUGAUGUGUGCGAACAUCGGCCCUGCAGACUACAAUUAUGAUGAAACAAUAAGCACUCUCCGUUACGCAAAUAGAGCGAAAAAUAUAAAGAAUAAAGCCAGAAUUAACGAAGAUCCCAAAGAUGCACUUUUGCGUCAAUUUCAGAAAGAAAUUGAAGAACUUAAAAAGAAACUUGAAGAAGGAGAAGAAAUAUCCGGCUCUGAUGAAAGUGGGACAGAUGAUGAUGAUGAUGAGGAUGGGGAGAUUGGGGAAGAUGGGGAAAAGAAGAAAAGACGAAGAGAACAAGCAGUCUUAGAAGACAAUUACUGGUUUUGCUGUGAAUUCCAAGACGAGAUAAAUCUACGUUGUUUUCUUGACGCAGGCAAGAAGAAGGUGUCUCCAGAUAAAAUGGCAGAGAUGCAAGCACGGAUUGAUGAAGAAAGGAAAGCACUUGAAGCAAAGCUUGACAUGGAGGAAGAGGAACGGAAUAGAGCCAGGGCAGAGCUGGAGAAGAGGGAGAAAGAUCUGCUUAAGGCCCAACAGGAACACCAAUCACUUCUUGAGAAGCUGUCUUCUUUGGAAAAGAAGGUCAUUGUUGGAGGAGUAGAUUUGCUGGCCAAGGCAGAGGAACAGGAGAAACUUCUGGACGAAUCAAAUCAGGAGCUUGAAGAGCGGAGAAGACGAGCCGAGAAACUUCGAAAGGAGUUGGAAGAAAAGGAGCAAGAACGGCUGGAUAUUGAGGAGAAAUACACAAGUUUACAGGAGGAGGCACAGGGUAAAACUAAGAAACUGAAGAAAGUGUGGACCAUGCUUAUGGCAGCAAAGUCUGAGAUGGCCGACCUGCAGCAAGAACACCAAAGAGAAAUAGAGGGGCUAUUAGAGAAUAUCCGUCAGUUGAGUCGCGAGCUUCGACUUCAGAUGAUCACCAUUGAUAAUUUUAUUCCACAGGAAUAUCAGGACAUGAUUGAGAACUAUGUCCACUGGAAUGAAGAUAUUGGAGAGUGGCAGCUGAAAUGCGUUGCAUACACUGGAAACAAUAUGAGAAAGCAGACUCCAGUGCCUGAAAAGAAAGAAAAGGACCCUUUUGAAGUGGAUUUGUCCCAUGUAUAUUUGGCUUACACUGAGGAGAGCCUCCGUCAGUCCUUAAUGAAGCUAGAAAGGCCUAGAACAUCAAAAGGAAAAACAAGACCCAAGACAGGUCGGAGGAAGCGUUCAGCAAAACCAGAAGCAGUGAUUGACUCAUUGCUACAGUAGCAGUUUCCUAUCCUGGAGUGUGAAGAACACUGUGUGCUGGUGGUACGGCGGCCUAAGAUGGAAUUGUAGACCUCUGUGCAAUGUAAACAGGGGACAGUAAUGGACACCCUGUGUAGGCUUUGUAUAAUAAUACAUGUGAAACCUGUGUCUCAUCAUAUUGUGCCAUGCCUCAUUAUCAUAGGGUCAUGGCAUUAUAGCUCACAUUUUAUUCUGGCUAAUGAAUACAAUGGAACAUGUCUCCAUUGUCCUAGCAGGACAUGUACCAUGCCAGAUCACUCUAAGAAAGUUAUGCAGGAAUAUUCAAUAUUUGCCCUUGAGUUUUCUAGGAAUUAUCAGCUCCUAUUUAACAGAAGCUGACAAAUAAGCUUAGACAUAGCCACCCCUUGUAGUUAGCGCAGCAUGCAAACUAUAAGCCAUUCUGCCCAAUGAGAUGAAAGCAAGCUUAAGAAUAUCUUUAUUAAUCUCUACCGCACCCCCUCUCUAGUUAUUGUGCAUGGUUAGUGCUCACAGCAGCACAGAAUAUUUUAGUGUACUGAUCAGCAGAAGGGUAUUAAAAGAAGAAGAAAAAAGCGGAGUUCCUCUCAGGUAGUAUGUUCAGAAAAAGAAAGGGGGAAAUAAGCAAGUAAUACCUUACAUGGUUGUACUAGGAUAGGCACAACGCGAUUUGUAGGCCUUCAGUAUAGAAACCAAUGGCAGCCCCUCAUCUUCCUUAGGGCAGAUAAUAGCAAUUCUAUCUGAUUUGUGAAUGGAUUGUGCAAUAAGACUAAGGCUAGUUGCCCACUAGUGGAGGCGAUCUGGCAGGGAGCAGCCUACUGUGUCUGUGUACUCUGGCAUUGCUGGAGGUAUGUAAGGUUCCAUCCGGCCUCAUUCGUUGGGGAUUGGCAGAGAUCCGGACACAUUCUGGCACAUAU